GAAAGGUGAACCAGACAACGACUAUUGGAGUCGGAAUAGCAAAUAAUUAUUACUUGAAAUUACGUUUAACCUAACUACAUUUAGAGUUUCAAAUAGAUAGGUGACGCUUUUUCUACAAACAGUUAUGACAUUUGCCCUGUUUGGAAGUAUGGUGAAGUGGAUCUUAUGGAACUUGGUCUCAUUCGCCCUGUGCUGGACAUGUGUUAACGCACAGGGUGGAUCUGAUGAGAGUCUGACAGCAGAGGAGCAGAUGUACAUUCUGUAUGACAUUAAACUCCAAUGCCACCAGAACCUCUCCACCCGCGACCCUGCAGAUGUCCUUUGCCCCCCUGGUUGGGACGGCCUGGUUUGCUGGCCUCAGGGUUACCCAGGAGCUGUCACCAAGGUCCCCUGCCCCAGCUAUGUCUACGACUUCAACCACAAAGGUCACACCUACAGGAAGUGUGACAUCAAUGGGUCGUGGGUGUUUGUGGAGAGCCUGAACAGGACGUGGCCUAACUACUCAGAGUGUCUGGGCCCUGGGUUUAUGAAGCCAAGCAACGAGAGAGGGAAACAGGACUUCUUUGAGCGGCUGUAUGUCAUGUACACUGUGGGCUAUGCUGUGUCCUUCAGCUCUCUACUAGUGGCUAUCUUCAUCAUUGGAUACUUCAGGCGUCUCCACUGUACCAGGAAUUAUAUCCACAUCCACCUGUUUGUCUCCUUCAUGCUCCGAGCCAUCAGCAUCUUCGUCAAGGACCGGGUGGUGUACGCCAGCGCCGGCCUGCAGGAGUUUGAUGCGGUGCUCAUGGACAACUUCAAGACUGUGGCCAUGGCGCCACUGGACAACUCUCAAUAUAUUGGUUGUAAAGUGACAGUGCUGCUGUUCAUCUAUUUCUUGGCGACUAACUACUACUGGAUCCUAGUGGAGGGCCUGUACCUCCAUAGUCUCAUCUUCAUGGCCUUCCUCUCUGACACAAAGUACCUGUGGGGUUUCACCCUCAUCGGAUGGGGGUUUCCAGCUCUGUUCGUGGCAACAUGGGCAGUUGUCCGGGCAACACUGGCAGAUGGAAGGUGCUGGGAGUUAAGUGCUGGGAACAUUAAGUGGAUAUACCAGGUUCCCAUUCUGACAGCCAUCGGACUCAACUUUAUCCUUUUUGUGAACAUUGUGCGAGUGCUGGCGACAAAGAUCAGGGAGACCAAUGCAGGGAGAUACGACACAAGAAAGCAGUACAGGAAGCUAGCUAAGUCCACCCUAGUGCUGGUGCUGGUGUUUGGGGUCCACUACAUUGUGUUUGUGGGGAUGCCUCACACCUUCCAGGGCCUCAGCUGGGAGGUCAGGAUGUACUUCGAGCUCUUCUUCAACUCCUUCCAGGGGUUCUUUGUAUCCAUCAUCUACUGCUACUGCAAUGGAGAGGUCCAGGCAGAGAUCAAAAAGACGUGGACUCGUUGGAACCUGGCGUUUGACUGGAAAGGUCCGGUGGUGUGUGGCAGGUACCGCUACGGCUCGGUGCUCACAGUGCUCAACAACAGCACCAUCAGCCAGUCCCAGCUGGCCGGGAUUGGCCCUGCCACCCGAUCCACCACCCUCUUCUCCAGCCGGGUCUACCGGAGCAACGGACCCCCUACACUCAGCACCCAUGCCACCCUGCCUGGCUACGUCAUUAGUAACUCAGACCCAGACAGCCUCCACCCCUCCAUCCCUGAGGAACCAGAGGAGGACAGUGCCAAGCAGGUGGAUGACAUCUCUCUGAAGGAGACACUGCCUGUACUCAACAGUAGCAUGACCGCAGAUGAUGAUGAGGAGACGCUGUAGACAAGGGGAGAUAUGGGAGGAUUUCCUGAAUCUUUAUAAUAUAUAUCUUGGCUGGGAAAAACACCAGGCCUUUGGGAUAGGGACCAAAGACUCCUGGCCCUAGGCUUGGAACCACAUGUACAUUCAUAGAGAUACAAAUGUAGUAGUGCUGUGCAGGUUGACUCAUAACCCGCAGCCCCCACGGUUAUAUCCGCAAGGCGGGUGGGUUUAGGGUCCUUAAUUAUUGUGUGGAUGAAGGGCGGGUAGGUUGCGGGCGGGUUGAAUAAAGAGAAAACAAUACCUUGAAAAAUCCAUAAAUGUAUCAUUCUUGUGCAAUUUAUAUCUAUAGGCUACAUUGAGGGUUUUCUUUCAUUAUUUUAGGCAAUCUGGAAUUAGUGCGUAAACCUAAGCUGUAGGUGUGCCACAUAACUUACAUACCAAUCGCCAAAAACCUUUGGAAACGGGCAGAGAAAGUUAACUCGAUCCACUGAGGCAAAAAGGACAAUGUCAGAGUUUUUUAAUUCAAUAAGAGAAAAGCUGCACAGGGGAGAGUUAAAAAUAAAGAGAAGGUAGGGCCAGAAAAGUCAUGUUUGGAAAGAUUUGGUGAAGUGGUAAAAGAGGAUGAUAACAGUGUUGUGUGAUGAUUGUGAGCCGCUAUACAAAUUCAACAGUCACAAGAUGGGGACUUCAAAUAGCCCUAUGACACAUCAAUGGAAUGGUAGCCUACUGUUCAGAUGGGUUAAAUGGAAAAGGAAAUCUGGACACUGACUGUAGGUCUAUAACCUCUCACAUAGCCUUAAUAUUAACUCCUGCAGAAUUAAGCAUUUUUUGCAGUAAAAUGAUACAGCAACUGUUUGAAUCAGGAACAGGAUACAUACAGUGGAUCUAUAUGCAGGCUACAGACUCAAACACACAGAAACACUCCACAGUUGAGGGGUAAGACAACAAACAAUAAAACACAUGUCUCAUCUUUGUACAAAAUCAUGGACUGACCUUUUUGUAGCCAAUGCAUGACAUUUUCAAGCAAAAAAUACAAAUGUUUAUUGCUUUAUCCAUGUGAUUUUGGGUCAAGGAUCCAUGUUUUCUGCCAAACACUCCCCAGUUGUUGACAAUCAGACAUUCCAUCCUUUGGGGGAAGUGAGGGCUAAAGUCAGUACUAAGGGCUAGAGGAACUGACUGCAUCAUGUGUCCGUUUCUGCAAAGCAUGAUUUUUUUCAAAUCCAAAAUUACAUUUGACUGACUAACAGAUGUCUGGAUGCCAACAGUAUUUUGUUUUCCCCCUUGUCAAGCUGAGUUCUAUCCAGUCUAGAAAAAUACCUUUAAAAAAAGCACAUUUCUCUCAGAGUCUGGCUUGUUGUUGGCUUAAGUGAUUACAGUCAUGUCUCAGUGAUAUUUGUUGUUCUCUUCUCUGUUAACUUGUGAUAAAUGUUAUUUCACUG